AUGUGGCGCUCAGAGACGCUCGCUCUGAGUGAGUCCCCUGUUGCAGGCUUUGGGCCCUCCCGCAACACCGUCAGGCGGGAGAUGGAGGACGUGCAGACGCUGUUGCACCGAGGGCGUGCUGUCCUCCACAAAGUACUCAGGCCCCUCUCUCCGAACGGGUUGGAGGGCCCUCGCUUGGGGGUUCUUGGUGGAGGGAUUUUGCGGUGA